GUCCACCAUUCACAAACACCAUAUAUAUAUCCCGAGGCCCUCUACUCGGCUCGACAAUCAAUCAAUUCACAAUGGCGGACCAACCCGAACCGGUAGUUUUCUUGGAUGUGACUCUAGGCGGCGAACUCCUCGGCCGCAUUAAAAUCCAACUAUUCUCGAAAAUAGUGCCCAAAACCGCCGAGAACUUCCGUGUCUUUUGCACCGGCGAGACAAAGGGCCGUGGAGGUCGGCCGUUGGGGUAUAAAGGAUGUAAAUUCCAUCGCGUGAUUAAAGACUUCAUGAUCCAAGGAGGCGACUUCCUAAACAACGACGGCUCCGGCGCCCUAUGUAUCUACUCUUCCGAAAGCUUCCCCGACGAAGGCUUCACCGUAAAACAUGAUGCACCGGGAAUAGUUUCUAUGGCAAACUCUGGCCCAAACACGAAUGGAUGCCAGUUCUUCAUAACCUCGAAAGUAGCCCCGUUCCUGGACGGGAAGUACGUCGCCUUCGGAAAGGUGAUUGAGGGCAUGGAUGUUGUUCGCAAGGUCGAGAAUGUCAGGGUCAUCUUGGACCGUCCGACAACGGACGUGAUUAUUAGUCAGUGUGGGGAGAUGUGACUUGAUUUGAUGUGCGAAGUUAGAGGGGUAACUGUGAUACCAUGGUCAAUAGCAAUGAUGAUACUGGUAUGAACGAGGGAGCGGGUAAUGAAUGAGUGAAUAAAUAAGGGUGGGUAUAGUACCGUA